AUGGGGUCGAAUGCACCGAAACGGCCGCCGUCGGAUGACGUUGAUGGCGAUAUCUUGACCUUCUCGGAACUCGAUUUUGCGAGACUUGGACUUGCGAAUAAGUCUUUUGAUGAUAGAAACGCGCCAAUUCAGGGUCAAGGAAGUCAGCAAUCGUAUUUUCCGCCUCAGAAUGAUGAGGUUUCGUUCGGUCAUGAGCACCUCGAUUUCACGGAUGACUUGCUCAACUCCAUGAUCCCAGAACAACAAACCGAGUUCUGGCUUGAUCCUGCAUUGAGCCUGAAUUCGUGGCAAACACCCGUUGCGGCACAGACACCAACUGGGGGGAAUAUCUCACCAUUGGCAACAUCGGGUAAUCGAGUGGGAACUCCGACAACGACAUCCCCAUUUGGAGUCCCUGGAUUCGGUCAAUCGUUCAAUGGUUCUCCGAUAGCCGAGAGCUUGCAGCGAGGACUUCCACGGAAAAGAAGUCAUUACUUUCGUCGUCAACCUCAUCGAACAGGAAGUGAUCCCAUCUCAAUACCUCGUCACAAUAUUCGACGCGGCAGCACUUUAGAUCCCAUGCAAAGAUGGCAAGAAUCACCUCCGGAAGCUGAAGCAGCGUCUCUAUCCGCCAUCGCUGACGCACUGCAAAAGACUCCUUUGCGAACUCGUUCGUCUGCUGGAAGUCUAGGCCGAAGCCGUGUCGGAAGUCGCGCAGGAUCAACAGUUAGUUUCGGCAGCGCAACGAGUUGCUCAUCUGCGUCAGUGGGAUCACCCCAAUCCGCAACUCGAAAAGGCUCUUUGAAAGGGCGAGUCACCAAGUCAAAACGUACUUCUACUGCCAAGAGCAAAGAACCUGAAAAUAGACGAUUUCCUUGUACGUUUUGCUGCGAUAGGUUCAAGAAACACCUCGACACUCACAACCAUGCGGGUUGUCAAAACGAUGAUAAAUCUCCUAUUUUUAGUAGAAAGGACCAUCUUACUCAGCACCUUCGACUCGUCCACCACGUGAAAACGAUACCGGUUAUAGAUUCGUGGAAAGUCGAGGGACCGCCUGUUAAAUCGAGGUGUGGAAUCUGCGGCCUUAGAAUGGAGACGUGGAAAGAACGUGUCGAACAUCUGGCGAAACACUUUCGAAAGGGUGAUACGAUGGCUGAUUGGAAAGGCGAUCAUGAUUUUGAACCGCAUAUCAAGGCUCAUGUGACAAACGCCCUGUCGCCGUACAUGAUUGAAGUUGAAUCGAAGUGUCCGGUGCCGUUCUCAGCGACUGAUCCAAGCUGUCGAGAUCAUCUUCUUCAGAUUCGAGAGAACGUUGUUCGAACCACGGAUUUUGCUGAGGGGAGUCUGAGCAAUAUGGAUGCGGCAGAGGCAACAAUACCGCGACCGCAACGCUCAAUGACACAAGACAGCAGCUCCAUGGCCUUUCCGGAGUUUCUGGUUCAUCAUCUUGGAAGAUAUGCGCAGCGGCAGAUGAGCCUCGGGAUCAUCCCGUCAGAUGAUAUGUUUCAGACUGAGGCGAGGAGGAUUGUUUACGAUACCGUGGAUCCGAUGGAUCAGACGCUUGCAGAUAACAAGGACUGGCUUUCGUGUUUUAAAGAGCAUCAUGUUAAUAGUUCGCCGGGUAGCUGA